GGGAUUCCAGCCCUGGUAAUAUCCGUGGAGAGAACUGCAGGGAGAAGGCGAUAACUCCAGGAUGUGGCCUGGACCCCCUGGAACUGGGUAGCUAGGGAUGCACGAGAUGCGAUUCAUGCUGCUGUUCAGCCGGCAGGGAAAGCUGCGGCUGCAAAAAUGGUACCUGGCCACAUCAGACAAAGAGAGAAAGAAGAUGGUUCGGGAGCUUAUGCAGGUUGUUCUUGCUCGCAAGCCCAAGAUGUGCAGCUUCCUAGAGUGGAGGGACCUCAAAGUCGUCUAUAAGAGAUAUGCCAGCCUCUACUUCUGCUGCGCCAUCGAGGGCCAAGACAAUGAGCUCAUCACACUGGAGCUGAUCCACCGAUAUGUGGAGCUCCUGGACAAAUACUUCGGCAGCGUAUGCGAGCUGGACAUCAUCUUUAACUUUGAGAAGGCCUACUUCAUCUUGGAUGAGUUUUUGAUGGGCGGUGAUGUCCAGGACACCUCCAAGAAGAGUGUGCUGAAGGCUAUUGAGCAGGCCGACCUGCUGCAGGAGGAGGAUGAGUCGCCUCGAAGUGUGCUGGAGGAGAUGGGUCUGGCAUAGCCCCCACCCGGGCCACGUGGAGAUGUGGGGAGCUGGUGGAGAGGCAGGGCACGAGUGGCCCUUUUCUGGGUAGGACUCGGCUGCCCCUCCUCUGCUGCCUCACCUUCUUUUGGAGUGAGCUGUGGGCUCAGGACCCUCAAACAUUCCCUCCCUCCACCUCUUAUCUCCUCUUUCCCCUUUUCACACUGAAGGUUUUCAGAGCUAGGAGGCAGGAAAAUGUGACCAAGACAGGGGUGCUAUUUGGCUUUCAUUCCCUGCCUUUGAAGAACUAAUGUUACCCCAAACGUCCUUCCCUCCCUUAUAACUGUAAAUAUAUAUAAAUACGUCAGGUUAAAGGGAAAAUGUUUUCAGGGCUCUUCUCUUCUCCCUGCCCCAUAACCUACCUCCACCCCUCCCUGCAGCCAGCCAGGGCAGCUUCUCUGCCUGGAAGGGUGGCAUCUGUGUAGUGAGAGGGCUGUCCUUCCCUCAUCUGCCCUUCCUUCUUGGCUGCAGUAGGGCCUGUGCCCAAUGCCCGAGGAGGAAAAACAUAGUUAAUUUUUUUCUAACCUUACCACUUUGAGGGGAGGGAAGGCUGGGGGAAGGGCCGGCUUCAUGGGAGAUUGGGUCCUGUCCCUUACUCCAUGUUCUGGGUGAGGCGGGAGCUAAGGGGGUGGGGUGGGGAAUUGUCUGACUAUUUCAUUUUCUCUGAAAUAAAAGGAAAAGCAUUUCUGGACUUUGCCUGCCUGAGACUCUUGUGAAAGAAGGCAGGGCUGCUGGGCUGUCAGGAAGGGAAGGGAACACUGUACAUUCAACUCUUCCCCAAAACUGGGGUUGCCAGAUUUAGGGUCCAAAAAAAGAGGAUACCCAGUUAGAUUUG